UACAUUCCAUCACUUGGGGUAAUCCUCCGAACCACAGACAAGACUGUGUGGGCAAAUGAAUUUGAACGUAAGUCACUGAAGCACUGACUCAUUCUCUCAGAAUAAUUUUUCUUCCAUUGCCUGUCUGUCUGCCAGGCUCAUCUGUUGUCUGCCAGUGUUUUGACAUUGUAGUAUCACUGUUUUCUUUCCAGCUAUUGAGUUGACCUGCUUGAUAGAGUCCAUCUCAACAAACAACCCCAGAAUCGAAUGGAAGAAAAUCAAAAACGGCAUCCCUAGUUAUGUUUACUUUCAAAAUCAAAUUUCGGGUAAGAUUAUACUUUUUUAAGCACCUUACCAAUACCAUAUUGGCCUCAGAACUGUUAUUAUUCUCUGUAAGUGAAUGAGAGGUUGGAGUGUGUUUUUGCUUCUAUUAGGGGACUUGGAGCACAGAGCCCAGCUGAUCCAGCCAGCCAACCUACUGAUCCUCAACACCAGCCGUACAGACACUGCAGAGUACCGCUGUGAGGUCGCUGCCAUUGAUGACCACAAACACUUUGAUGAAAUUCUAAUCAGUCUUGCUGUCAGGGGUGAGGACGUAUUUUCAUAUUCCCGUGUCACUUAACCAAUGCAAAGCUCCCACCUUGUCAUUGGCCUGAGAUAUGCGUGUCCGCUGGUCAAUCUCAGUGUUAGGUGUGUUGUUGACAGACAUUUUAAGCCUGUAGUAGUUUGCUGUGUUUUUUCAGUGUUGUUGUCUAUUUCUAAGUAAAUACUAUGUUAUGUGCUCCCUCGCUCUCAAAAACUGCUCCAUGGGUGCCGUAGUAUGGCCUCUGCCCUUUGCCUAUGUGUAUGUGUCUUCCGGAGCAGUUGGUAUAAAGAGGAAGUCGAAUUCCAGUUGGACCUUUGUGUACAAUUAGAAAUCUUCUUAUUUUUCCUCUUCUUCUUCUGUCUCUGCAGUAAAGCCUGUGGUGCCCAGGUGCAGUGUGCCUGUGGCGGUGACUGUUGGCACGUCCUCUGAGCUGCGCUGCCUGGAGAACGAGGGCUUCCCUGCCUCAGUGUACCGCUGGUUCCACAACAACGAGGAGCUUCCCCAGGACCCAAAGAGCAGCCCCAAGUUUAUCAACUCCACCUACUCCCUUAACGCUGACACAGGUGGUCUGGUAAGGAAUCAAUAGGACUGGGAGGUCGAACGGAAACUAGAUAUAUGAAUAUCAUGUUUAAUGAGACAGUAGGUCCAACUGUUGGAUGAUGUUAGUACAAGAGAAAAGCUGUAUGAUGUAUUGGGGUUGAUUUUGGCGUUUGUCCCUGCAGAAAUUCCGCCGGAUGAGGAAGGAGGAUGCGGGGGAGUAUUACUGCCAGGCAAAGAAUGAAGCUGGACAUGCACAGUGUACCGCACAGCUGAUGGAAGUGUGUGAGUAGGCCAUGCUGUACUAAACACCCAACUGACAUUCUAACUGCGACUAUGUAUUGUGUUGAAAUAUGUCAGUGUGUCAUACCUCUGCUACACUGAACAUACCAUUGUGCAUUACCAAACCUGCUAGUGAGUCACAUGCAUCUACUCUAGUGUACAUAAAUCAUAGUGGUUGACAUGGACAUGCAUUCCAAGGUCAUUCCUUUAGGUCAGGGUUCCCAAACGUUAUUAUAUUAUAUUAGAAAUAUUAUACAAUACUAGUCAAAAGUUUGGACACACCUACUCAUUCAAGGGUUUUUCUUUAUUUUUACUAUUUUUUACACUGUAGAAUAAUAGUGAAGACAUCAAAACUAUGAAAUAACACAUAUGGAAUCAUGUAGUAACCAAAAAAGUGUUAAACACAUCAAAAUAUAUUUUAUAUUUGAGAUUCUUGAAAUAGCCACCCUUUGCCUUGAUGUGUAAGGGCUAUUUUACCAAGAAGGAGAGUGAUGGAGUGCUGCAUCAGAUGGAGUGCAGCCUCCAUAAUCCCCCGACCUCAACCAAAUUGAGAUUGUUUGGGAUAAGUCAGACGGCAGAGUGAAGGGAAAAGCAGCCAACAAGUGCUCAGCAUAUGUGGAAACUCCUUCAAGACUGUUGGAAAAGCAUUCCAGGUGAAGCUGGUUGAGAGAAUGCCAAGAGUGUGCAAAGCUGUCAUCAAGUCAAAGGGUGGCAAUUUGAAGAAUCUCAAAUAUAAAAUAGAUUUAGAUUUAUUUAACACUUUUUUGGUUACUACAUGAUUCCAUAUGUGUUAUUUCAUAGUUUUGAUGUCUUCACUAUUAUUCUACAAUAUAUAUAUUUUUUUUAUAAAGAAAACCCUUGAAUGAGUAGGUGUGUCCAAACUUUUGACUGGUAGUGUAUCUGAUUGGGCAUCUUGCAGUCAAUUCGCAGUCUACAAAUUAUUUAACAUUAUGUUCCGGCGCCCUGACCAUAUGCUCAAUAAAGAAAUUGUGCUGCGGCUGAUUCUAGUUGAUGAUCCCUGCUUUUAAGUUGUUUAAAUUUGGGUUUAUGUCACCCAGAUCUCAUCUCAAAAUGCCCUGCUUGUAUUUUCAGAUGAUGUUGACAUCGUGGGGAUUUUUCUGAAGGUGUUGGCGGCAUUGGCCGGAUUCAUAAUUGUGAUGGUGGCAGUUUGUCAUGCACACAAACAUGGCUGCUUCUCCUCCGGCAAGGAUCACACAGGAACCAAGUGAGUAGGGCUAUGUAGUUUCAAAGUUGAUUUGCCACGUGCACAGGAUACAACAGGUGUAAAACAGUACAGUGAAAUUCUUACCAUGAGAGCUCGUUCCAACAAUGCAGUGAUAAUAAUAGUAAUAUAGAUAAUAAUAGAAAAUAGAUUAUUUAUUUAUUUAUUUAUUAACCCGAGUAGGAGAUAGGUUGAAUACAGGGCUUUUAAAGCUGGACCAGUUUAAUAGUGACAUGGUACAGUGGGGGAAAAAAGUAUUUAGUCAGCCACCAAUUGUGCAAGUUCUCCCACUUAAAAAGAUGAGAGAGGCCUGUAAUUUUCAUCAUAGGUACACGUAAACUAUGACAGACAAAUUGAGAAAUUUUUUUCUUAGAAAAUCACAUUGUAGGAUUUUUAAUGAAUUUAUUUGCAAAUUAUGGUGGAAAAUAAGUAUUUGGUCACCUACAAACAAGCAAGAUUUCUGGCUCUCACAGACCUGUAACUUCUUCUUUAAGAGGCUCCUCUGUCCUCCACUCGUUACCUGUAUUAAUGGCACCUGUUUGAACUUGUUAUCAGUAUAAAAGACACCUGUCCACAACCUCAAACAGUCACACUCCAAACUCCACUAUGGCCAAGACCAAAGAGCUGUCAAAGGACACCAGAAACAAAAUUGUAGACCUGCACCAGGCUGGGAAGACUGAAUAUGCAAUAGGUAAGCAGCUUGGUUUGAAGAAAUCAACUGUGGGAGCAAUUAUUAGGAAAUGGAAGACAUACAAGACCACUGAUAAUCUCCCUCGAUCUGGGGCUCCACGCCAGAUCUCACCCCGUGAGGUCAAAAUGAUCACAAGAACGGUGAGCAAAAAUCCCAGAACCACACGGGGGGACCUAGUGAAUGACCUGCAGAGAGCUGGGACCAAAGUAACAAAGCCUACCAUCAGUAACACACUACGCCGCCAGGGACUCAAAUCCUGCAGUGCCAGACGUGUCCCCCUGCUUAAGCCAGUACAUGUCCAGGCCCGUCUGAAGUUUGCUAGAGUGCAUUUGGAUGAUCCAGAAGAGGAUUGGGAGAAUGUCAUAUGGUCAGAUGAAACCAAAAUAGAACUUUUUGGUAAAAACUCAACUCGUCGUGUUUGGAGGACAAAGAAUGCUGAAUUGCAUCCAAAGAACACCAUACCUACUGUGAAGCAUGGGGGUGGAAACAUCAUGCUUUGGGGCUGUUUUUCUGCAAAGGGACCAGGACGACUAAUCCGUGUAAAGGAAAGAAUGAAUGGGGCCAUGUAUCGUGAGAUUUUGAGUGAAAACCUCCUUCCAUCAGCAAGGGCAUUGAAGAUGAAACGUGGCUGGGUCUUUCAGCAUGACAAUGAUCCCAAACACACCACCCGGGCAACGAAGGAGUGGCUUCGUAAGAAGCAUUUCAAGGUCCUGGAGUGGCCUAGCCAGUCUCCAGAUCUCAACCCCAUAGAAAAUCUUUGGAGGGAGUUGAAAGUCCGUGUUGCCCAGCGACAGCCCCAAAACAUCACUGCUCUAGAGGAGAUCUGCAUGGAGGAAUGGGCCAAAAUACCAGCAACAGUGUGUGAAGACUUACAGAAAACGUUUGACCUGUGUCAUUGCCAACAAAGGGUAUAUAACAAAGUAUUGAGAAACUUUUGUUAUUGACCAAAUACUUAUUUUCCACCAUAAUUUGCAAAUAAAUUCAUAAAAAAUCCUACAAUGUGAUUUUCUGGAUUUUUUUUUCUCAUUUUGUCUGUCAUAGUUGACGUGUACCUAUGAUGAAAAUUACAGGCCUCUCUCAUCUUUUUAAGUGGGAGAACUUGCACAAUUGGUGGCUGACUAAAUAUUUUUUUCCCCCACUGUAUGUGCUGUGAAUUGCUUAGUAAGUCUUUGUGUGGAAAUUAAGGAUUUUUUGUGUGUGUUUUAGCUACAAACUUCCAGCGCAGGAUGAUGGUGUUGACUAUGCCGAAGCAGAUGAGGUGAAUAAAAUUAACUUAAUUCUGUUUUCUAUAUUCUAUAUUAUUAUUGAGAUAAAAUGUGAUCAUAAUGUAUUAUUAAAAAUGACAAACAAAAAGAAACAUCAACUGCAGGUGGAUGUAUUUUCUUGAUAAUUUACAUUCCCAUUUCUAUCAGGGUCACUUCCGCCACAAAUCAUCAUUUAUUAUUUGACAUCUGAGACAGAAGACCGUCAAGAGGGGACACACUGAAGAGGAGAAACACUGAAGAGGAGACACACUGAAGUCAAAAGCGCAUCAAAUCCCACAAUGGGGCUUCGUGUGAGAAAUUUGAGCUGUAACAUUGCACAUUAUUUUCUGGUGCGCAUCAACAAUGAACCUACAAGCUUGCCAAAGUUAUCAUCAUGAAAAAUAUCAAUCAUUAUUUCAAUAUUGCUUUCUGAUAGGCAAUUGCAACGUCAUGUCCCUGUUAGUACACUUCUUUUUUUUUUGCAGCACAAAUAUGUUUUGUCCUCAGUCAUUACUGUAACUACAACUACAGUACGAUUUUAAAGCUUUGACUUUUGAACUUCCACCAACAUGUUCAUCU